AUGUUUUGGUUUCAUUCCCAUCCCCUAGGGACAAGGUUUGUUUCGUUGCACUGCCAAAUUAAUUCAAAAUCAUGUCCAGAAAUCGCAAACGGGAAGCUCAAAGCAGUAGUUCCGAGGAACUGGACAGCGAAGAAGAGAGUCGUCUCAGGGAUAUAAAAGAAAGAGAUGAGUUCGCCGAGAGGCUUAAGAAACGUGAUGAAGACCGUACCCGCAAAGUGCUGGAAGCCACAUCGAGCCGAAAAGCCAUAGAAGAGGCUGCUAAACGUUUAAAACUGGAACAUGAAGACCGUGAUAAAAUAUUGCCACAAUUGCGAAUACAAUCGAGAAGGAAAUAUUUGGAAAAACGUAAAGAAGAUAAAGUUGCUGAGCUAGAAGCUGAUAUAUUGGACGAUGAAUAUCUCUUUGAUGAGUCGGUUUUGACAAAUAAGGAAAAACAGGAGAGGGAAUAUAAAAAACAAUUGUUGACCAUAGCUAAAGAACAUGAAAAGGCACGUGAACUUGAACGUAUUCAAAGAUAUCACAUGCCUCGUGAUUUGAAAAAGGGGGUAAAGGAAGAAUAUGUUGAGGUAGAUGAAAAUGAAAAGAUGCCCCAUUCUGAACAAAAGAAAUGGGAAGCGGAACAACUAGCUAGUGCACGGUUUCAAUUUGGUGCAAAAGAUGCAAAAGCUCAAGAAGAGUACGAUCUUUUAUUGGACGAUCAGAUUGACUUUAUAAAAGCCCUAACUGUAGAUGGAUCCAAAGAAAAGGACUCUAAAGAGCCUCAAUUAUCGGAGGCACAGCAAAAACGUAUGACAAUUGAAGAGACUCAAAAGUCGCUUCCUGUAUAUCCAUUUAAGGAAGAUUUAAUAGCUGCGAUUAAGGAACAUCAGAUUCUUAUAAUUGAAGGAGAAACUGGAUCAGGAAAGACCACUCAAAUACCACAGUAUCUAGUGGAAGCUGGGUUCACUGAGGACAAAAAGAAGAUUGGUUGCACUCAACCUCGUCGUGUGGCUGCUAUGUCCGUGGCGGCUCGAGUUGCUGAGGAAAUGGGUGUCAAGUUAGGAAACGAGGUGGGAUACAGUAUCCGUUUUGAGGAUUGUACUUCAGAAAGGACUAUACUCAAGUAUAUGACUGAUGGCACCUUGCAUAGGGAGUUUUUGUCGGAGCCGGAUUUGGGUUCGUACAGUGUUAUGAUUAUCGACGAAGCCCAUGAGCGUACCCUUCAUACCGAUAUUUUGUUUGGUUUGGUUAAGGACAUUGCACGUUUUAGAACCGAUCUGAAAUUGCUGAUAUCCAGCGCCACCUUAGAUGCAGAGAAAUUUUCACAAUUUUUUGACGAUGCUCCUAUAUUUCGUAUUCCGGGAAGAAGAUAUCCAGUAGAUAUUUUUUAUACAAAAGCGCCUGAAGCGGAUUAUAUUGAUGCGUGCUGUGUGUCGGUUUUACAGAUACAUGCCACUCAACCUUUGGGAGAUAUUUUGGUGUUUCUUACAGGCCAGGACGAAAUUGAGACAUGUCAAGAAGUUUUGGCGGAUCGCGUUAAGCGCUUGGGUUCUAAAAUUAAAGAGCUUGUAAUUAUACCUGUUUAUGCUAAUCUACCGAGUGAUAUGCAGGCAAAGAUUUUUGAACCUACUCCUCCGAAUGCCAGAAAAGUUAUUUUGGCUACUAACAUAGCGGAAACAUCGCUGACGAUAGAUAAUAUUAUUUACGUUAUCGAUCCCGGGUUUGCUAAACAAAAUAAUUUCAAUUCCCGCACUGGUAUGGAAUCGCUUAUGGUUGUUCCCAUUUCGAAAGCUUCAGCCAAUCAAAGAGCGGGACGUGCUGGUCGCACUGCACCAGGUAAAUGUUUUCGUUUGUAUACCGCCUGGGCUUAUAAGCACGAGUUAGAGGACAAUACGGUGCCAGAAAUUCAGCGCAUUAAUUUGGGUAAUGCGGUUCUCAUGUUGAAAGCUUUGGGUAUAAAUGACCUAAUACACUUCGAUUUUUUGGAUCCUCCCCCACAUGAGACACUGGUUUUAGCUUUAGAACAACUAUAUGCCUUAGGAGCCUUAAAUCACCACGGAGAACUAACAAAAUUAGGAAGGCGAAUGGCAGAAUUUCCAGUGGACCCAAUGAUGGGGAAAAUGCUGCUGGCAAGUGAAAAAUACAAAUGUUCCGAAGAAAUGGUUACUAUAGCUGCCAUGCUGUCCGUUAAUAGUGCAAUUUUUUAUAGGCCUAAGGACAAAAUUAUACAUGCUGAUACUGCCCGCAAAAACUUUAAUCACAUGCAUGGUGAUCACAUCAGUCUAAUGCAAGUCUACAAUCAAUGGGCUGAGACUGAUUACAGUACUCAAUGGUGUUAUGAAAAUUUCAUACAGUAUCGUUCGAUGAAAAGAGCCAGAGAUGUCCGUGAACAAUUGGUGGGCUUAAUGCAAAGAGUUGAAAUCGAUAUGGUAUCUUGUCUCCCAGAAACUGUUAAUAUUCGCAAAGCGGCAACUGCUGGAUAUUUCUAUCAUGUAGCACGCCUAUCAAAAGGAGGAAAUUAUAAGACUAUUAAACAUAACCAAACCGUUAUGAUACAUCCAAAUUCAUCAUUGUUCGAAGAACUACCCCGAUGGGUUCUCUAUCACGAGUUAGUCUUUACUACAAAGGAGUAUAUGCGACAAGUAAUCGAAAUAGAAAGUAAAUGGUUGUUAGAAGUAGCACCACAUUAUUAUAAAGCAAAAGAACUCGAAGACUCAACAAAUAAAAAAAUGCCUAAGGUUCAGGGUAGGGCAACAAUGACAGAAUGAAAAUUA